AUGUUUUUUCAAGAGGUAGAUUCGGGAGAGGGUAAUGCAGUGAUUCCUGAAGUUAAAAAGUUCGAUGAAUUUAAAACAAUUGAUUGGGUUGAGGAGGAGAAGUGUCAUGAGGGGAGGAUUGUGGUUGGUGAGACAUAUUAUGAAGGGCGGUGGAGUAGUUACAAAAACCUGAUAUGGAGGAGAGGGAAAGUGGUGAUCGUUUUGACGUUGAUUGGGUUGCUGGUUGGGUGUAUUGCCGGAUUCAUACAAAUCUUCACAGAAACAUUGGUUAAUUUGAAGUCUGGGGUGUGUACGCGGAAUUGGUUAUUGAACAAGUCUUUUUGCUGUACAGAUAGAGAUGAACAUACAGGGAAGUUAUUUGUAUUAGACGAUGUAAAAUGUGUCAAUGAGAAUAUUUGGGCACCUUGGUCUAAUCCAGUGUGGGCAUAUGUUGUAUUUAUUAUCUUGUCCUGCGGGUUUGCGAUGCUGAGUGCCCUUUCUGUGAGAUACCUUGCGCCGAUGGCAACAGGGUCGGGGAUUUCUGAAAUUAAGGUGCAUGUUUCAGGGUUUGGUUAUAAGGAGAAAUUUUUCAGUCUAACUACUUUGGCAGUCAAAUCUAUAGCUCUACCUUUGGCUAUUUCUUCAGGUCUUAGUGUGGGGAAAGAGGGCCCUUCGGUGCACUAUGCCACAUGUUGCGGCUAUAUUAUAGUUAAGCUACUUCUAGGAAAUACAUUAAAGUUUCCCGAACAGUCUGAAUACUUGAUUGCGUCAAGUGCUGCUGGUGUGGCAGUAGCUUUUGGUGCUCCCAUUGGUGGAGUAUUGUUUGGUUUAGAGGAAAUAUCCAGUUCUGCUCAGUUUAAUCUGUCUACUCUUUGGAAGUCUUAUUAUGUUGCAUUGUGUGCAGUUUCCAUGUUACAAUACAUAAAUCCUUUUAGGAAUGGAAAAAUUGUACUAUUCGAGGUAAAAUACGACAAUGAUUGGCAUGUUCAAGAAAUACCCAUAUUCGUUCUAUUGGGUAUAUUUGGGGGAUUAUAUGGCAAUUAUAUCAGUAAGUGGAAUAUCAGGUUUGUACAAUUCAGAAGAAAGUAUUUAUGGAAAUGGCCUUUACAGGAGGUAUUUUUAUUAGCUUCGGUCACCUCCAUCUUGUCAUAUUUCAACGAGUUUCUAAAGCUUGAUAUGACGGAAAGCAUGGAAAUUUUAUUUCAUGAAUGUGUUAAAGAUUCCAAUAACUCUCAAUGGAAUCAUAGACUAUGCGUAAUUGAUGAAAAAUCAACUUUAUUAAGUUUUUUUGGAAUGUACUUCUCUUUGAUUUUUGCAACUCUUUUGAGAGCUCUUGGUGUUGUUGUGUCGUAUGGUUGCCAGGUUCCUGCAGGCAUCUUCGUACCAUCAAUGGCUGUUGGUGCUACUUUUGGCCGUUCUGUCAGUUUAUUGGUGGAGAGAUUUAUCACUGGACCAAAUGUAAUUACUACAGGCACUUACGCAUUCUUAGGCGCUGCAGCUGCUUUAAGCGGGAUUACGAAUAUGACUUUAACGGUUGUUGUGAUAAUGUUUGAAUUGACUGGUGCAUUUAUUUAUAUUAUUCCAACAAUGGUUGUGGUUGCAGUUACAAGGAUCGUCUUCAACUCCUUCGGUUCAGAGGGUGGUAUUGCUGAGAAGAUGAUUACGAUUAAUGGUUUUCCGUACUUGGAGUAUCCUCAAGAGAACAAUGACUUUUUAGACGAUUAUUGCGCUGAAGAUAUCAUGACCACCAACUUGAUAACCAUAAAGGAAACUAUGCAUCUAUUAGAGUUAGAAUCACUUUUGGAGACAGUAGGGAGUUCUUAUAGGGGCUUUCCUAUCAUCAAAGUUGAAGACACAAAUGAACUUGAAAAGCGUUGUGUCGGCUACGUUUCUUUGCGUAACAUUCAGUCUUAUUUAGGUAUGGUCACUAGUGAUGACAGAGCACGAAACACCAUAAUUAAUUUUAACAAAGAGAAUUCAACGGCUGAUGAAGAUAAUUUUAUACAUUUUAAAGAUUUGGUUAAUUACACCCCAUUCCAUGUUCAUAGAUCACUUUCACUAUCCCUUCUUUCUCGCAUGUUUCAAAAGCUUGGUUGUAAACUAGUAAUAGUUGAAGAGGCUGGCUUUCUAAUGGGAAUAAUCACACAAAAGGACUUUCUAAGAUUUCAAAGAACAAAGAGAAGGGAAAUAAUGGGUCCAUUGUACACAUUUGAUGAAUCAUUGGAGGAAGGAUUAUGGUCUAUUAUUACAGCUGCAAACCAUAAAAUGAAAAAUAUGCUCUAG